GAGAAACCAAAAACAAACUUGAUCUGAGAAUCCUCAUCACCACUUUCAGAUCCAUGAAAACGGAUUUGAAAAUCCACAAUCAGUGAAAUCGAAGAUCUAGUUAUGGAUUUCUUAGAGCUAGAAGCGAUCGAAGGUUUAAGAUGGUCAUGGAACUCAUGGCCAACUACAAAAUCCGAUUGCGAAUCUCUCGUUGUUCCAUUAAGUAUCAUGUAUACUCCAUUGAUGCAAUUCUCUGAGCUUCCAACGAUUCCUUAUGAUCCACUGAUUUGUUCUCGUUGUGGAGCUGUGUUAAACCCUUACGCUCGUGUUGAUUAUCAAUCUCGAAUAUGGUCUUGUCCCUUUUGCUUUCACAAAAACCUUUUCCCUCGUUCUUAUUCUGGAAUCACUGAAACUAAUCUCCCGGCGGAGCUUUUUCCGACUUAUAGCGCUGUUGAAUACUCUCCGCCACAGUUGCGUAAAUCGGGUUCGGCUACUACGACUCCGACUGCUGCUGGGGGUUGGAGUAAUGGGUUUAACCAAGGGAUUAGAUCAAUGUCUUCGAAUUCGUCAUUUUCGUCUCUUGCUUCUACUGUUGGAGGUGGUGGUGGUGGUGUGAUUAGUGAGCUUGGACCUGCGUUUGUGUUUGUUGUUGAUGCAUCUAUGGUAGAGGAUGAGUUAAGAGCUGUGAGAAGUGAGCUUUUGUUUGUUAUUGAGCAGUUGCCUGAGAAUUGUUUGGUGGCUUUGAUUACUUUUGAUUCUAUGGUUAGGGUUUAUGAUUUGGGUUUCUCUGAAUGCUCUAAAGUUGUUGUCUUUCAUGGUGAGCGUGAUCUUUCUCCAGACCAGAUACAACAAUUUCUGGGACUUGGAUAUUCGAAGAAGGUUCAUCAUGGAAAGAUGUCAGGGAUUCGGAAGCAAAGUUUCUUACUUCCGUUGGCGGAAUGUGAGUUUAACUUAACAUGUGCGUUUGAAGAAAUUGUUCCCUUGGUUGAUGUUAAACCAGGUCAUCGGCCUCAUAGGUCAACCGGUGCUGCGAUCUCAACAGCAUUGGGACUGCUCGAGGGAUGUUCUAUAACAACAGGUUCUCGGAUUAUGGUUUUCACAUCAGGACCUGCUACCAGAGGCCCUGGGAUCAUCGUGGACUCUGAUUUAAGUAAUCCGAUCAGAACUCACAGAGAUAUUAUCACUGGUCAAGUGUCUUAUUACGAUAAAUCUUGCGGGUUUUACAAGAAACUAGCAAAGAGGCUCUGCGAUUCCUCCAUUGUUCUCGAUGUGUUUGCUUGCUCUCUUGACCAAGUUGGAGCAGCAGAACUGAGGUACGCAGUGGAAAUGUCUGGUGGAUUUCUCUUACUGGGAGAGACAUUUGAAUCCGAGCAAUUCAAAAAAUGUCUCAGACAUAUAUUCAGCCGUGAUGCAGAUGGGAACUUGAAUAUGUACUUUGAUGUCUCUUUAGAAGUUGUGACGACCAAGGAUAUGAGAAUCUGUGGUGCUCUCGGUCCGGUUGUGUCGCUAAGACAGAAGAACGAUAUAGUGAGUGAAACAGAGAUCGGUGAAGGCGGAACAUAUAUGUGGAAAACGAGCACUGUCACGAAUAAGACAUGUGUUUCCUUCUUCUUUCAUGUGAGCAACGAACAGAAUCGAAAACCGCAGGCUGGUUCUGCGUUCUUCAUUCAGUUCAUUACUCGGUAUCGGUAUGGAAAUGGAGGAAUGAGGAAACGGGUUACAACGGUUGCUAGAAGAUGGGUUGCUGGAAAAUCUCCCGAAAUCUCGUCGGGAUUCGAUCAAGAAACAGCUGCUUCGGUUAUGGCGCGGCUUGCGAUUAGCCGAGCAGAGGAGUGUUACGCGAGAGACGUUAUUCGAUGGUUAGAUGACGGCUUAAUCCGCUUUGCUUCACGGUUUGGAGAUUAUAUUCAAGAAGAUCCAUCUUCUUUCAGGUUGACUCCAAAUUUCUCGCUUUAUCCUCAAUUCAUGUUCUAUCUGAGGAGAUCACAGUUUCUUGACGUCUUCAACAAUUCCCCCGAUGAAACCGGUUUUUUCCGGUUAAUGUUAAACCGGGAAGGAGUGGUAAACUCGAUCAUCAUGAUUCAACCAACGCUUCUCCGGUAUUCAUUCGACGGACCGCCAGUUCCAGUCCUCCUCGAUAUCCGGUCAGUGACUCCAGACGUAAUUUUGCUAUUCGAUUCAUACUUCUACGUGGUUAUCCACCAUGGAUCAAAAAUCGCCCAAUGGAGGAAACUCGAGUAUCAUAAAGACCCAAGCCACGAGACUUUCCGGAACCUUCUGGAAGCACCUGAAAUCGAUGCGGCGCAGUUAGUGACUGAUAGGAUUCCAAUGCCACGGAUUGUACGGUGUGACCAGCACGGUAGUCAAGCUCGGUUCCUUCUUGCCAAGCUCAAUCCUUCUGUAACUCAGAAAACAGAUCAUACCGGUGGUUCAGAUAUUGUUCUCACUGAUGAUUUGAGUCUUCAAGAUUUCCUAGAAGAUUUGCAAUCUCUGGCAGUAAAAGGCGAUCGGCAAGAGAUGACGGUGGACGGUGACGGAACUGUUGGAGGCGGAGAUAAUCAACCACCGAUUACUACUGCGGCGGCGACAACAGAGAUGCCUAUCCCGAGGCUGAGUCUUCUUCCUAACAACGAUCACAUUUCUGAUAACUACGAAGAUCUGGAACUGGAAUUUACCUCUUCCGCAUUAAGAUCGCUAGAGAAGUACUUACCGAUGGAUAAGCUCACAGCGGACAGAGAAGAGAAGGCUAAAUUCAUGUCAGACAUUUUGCGCAAGUACAUUUCCCGCAAAAAGUGUUCCAAAGCUAAACGGUACAAGAACUAUAGGGAGAGGAUAAUAUCCAAUUAUCAGCCACGUUUCAGGGAGUUGUAUAAACUUGAUCCCGAAUCGUUUUUGCUUCCUACUUUCCGGAAGGCGAUCAGCGAAAACACUGAGGAAAGCUUCAGACGUAUCAUUUCUGAACCGUUUCCUGGUGUUUUCGUCUUUGAAAUGUUUCAGCCUGACUUCUUUGAGAAAUUGCUAGCUGAGGUAGAGAAUUUCAGAAAGUGGGCUCAUGAGACAAAGUUGAAGAUCAUGAGACCAAACAAAAUGAUAUUCUUCCCUAAAGAGUGUGGAGCAAUGUUUGACUUUCAACGUGGAUUUUUUAUUGAAAAUGGUGAAGAUAGGGAUGCUGAAUUAGGCUUACAUGUGGAAGAUUCAGAAAUAACAUUGAAUGUUUGCUUAAGUAAACAAGGUGAGGGAGGGGAAAUAUUUUUCGAAGGGACACGAUGCAAGAAACAUAUGGAUAUAGAUCCAAAGCCAGAGGAACGUUUUGAUUACUGUCAUAUACCGGGUCAAGCUAUACUACACCGUGGCUACCACGUCCAUGGUGCCAGAGCAGCCACAAUAUCUGGUCGUCGGGCCAAUAUGAUUCUUUGGUGCAGAAACUCUUUGUUUAGGGAGAUGCAAACUUAUGAGAAGGAAUUCCGAGACUGGUGCGGUCAAUGCGUCCAUGAAAAGAAAGAAAAGGAAAGCCAGAGUCUUGCUGCCAAAAGAAAGGAGAUGAUUAGGAUAAUAGAGUGAAGCCGAAGCUCGAUGAAAAACUGAAGUUUAUGCUUUGAAUUUUGACUCUUUACUUGAAAAAGAAAAACUGAGUAUAUGUAGAAUCAUUUGAUGUAAAUAGGUCUUUGCAUCUUCGAUUUUCUUACAUUACUAUGUACAUGAAAGUUACCGGUUAUACAUGUUAAAACCAGGAAAUAUUGGUAUGGGUAUUUUUUUCUCUCAACUUACUAAAUAUAGUAGCACGAGAGUU